AUGCAAUUGGUCAUUGAGCGCGAUGACCAGGGACGCACCAACUUCUCCAUGGUUGCUGUUAAUCCCGCACGCGUCGGCAAGUUCUUCACGGAACGGGCCUUAAGAAAUCUGGUGGAGAUGAUCGCGACGACGACCAAUGCACUGCUGGAGAUUGUCAACUUCAACGUGGAAGGCGAACAGUAUGUCUGUGCAGGAAUGCUGGGUAACCUUCAUGCCUUGGGGGCUAUCCUCAACUACAUUGCCAAAGCUCCUAAUGGCGCAGCCAUUUCCCGGGGGUGGCGGAAAAUCCUCAGUCAGAGGAUAGCCUCAGCAUCGUGUCGCGGCGUGUUUCCGAAGCCCAACGGCUGGCUAGUCCCAUCACUCUCCAGCGUGGCACGACCACGAUACCACUGCAGGGGAUCGAUGUGCCGUUUCAUUUGGCGCAUCUACGCGCCGGGGUGCCUUCGUACCGCAGCUUUUGGAGGAACGAAUUCGCGACGGCGACGUCGACCCUCAGCGGCUGGUUGGGAAGUGGAUUCCCAAUGUUAUGGUCCCAUCCUGGGCGAGGUUCUGGCCGCUUAA